AUGACGGCCGUCUCUCACUCUCAUACUACGACCGAGACCGAGCCUUACGCACCCUCGGAUGCUGAAGACAUGCUAGACGUAGCUAUCUCAGAGUUGGCCCCGGUCUUCGCCCAGCAAGCAUUAUCGUCACAGACCACACCGAUAACAGCAGCCCGCUAUCGUCAGGUUCACCUUAGCUUCGCGUCUCCGCCUCCAGAGUCACGAAAGCGCGCACUAAGCGUACCGCCUCCACCCACGGCCGAGGAGCUGGAGGCGCAGGACAAGGCUAUUGCCGAGGAUGCAGAAGUACCCCCGGACACCGAGAUCCCUGCUGCUGAGAAGGGUAUGGCACGUCGCUUCAACACGUCGUGGAAGCAGACGUACUCGUGGUUGAGCCUGAAGUACAACAAAGAAGAGCGCCUAUAUGGUAUGAAGUGUUCCGUGUGCUGUAAAUUCGCUCCUAACACCAAGUCUCCCUUUGGAGGUCCUGGCGUCGGUGCAAGGGAUUUUCAGAAGUCGGCGUGCCGCAACCAUGACCAGUCCAAGGUGCACCUCGCGGCCAUGGAAGCAGAACGACUCGCUGCUGGCACGGAGGUGAGGCAGCGCAGCCUCUUGAACAUGCUUAGCGGCGAUCCAGUCAUGGCGAGGGUCGUCAAAUGCAUGCAAGCAGCUCAGUGGGUUGCGCAGAACGAUGCACCGAUCGCUCUCUACCCCAUGCUGGUGCGGUUCAUGGCGGAGCAAGGAUGCCCCGACAUGACGAACAGCGAAUCCUACGGCCGUUAUUACUCGCGAUACGCCUUCGGCGAGUUCGUAGAGGCUAUGGCGAGUGCAUCUGGUGACCAAGCAGCUCGUGGACGUCAAAGAGUCGGCCUGUUCCUUGCGCUCCUGUCGCUAGAGCACUGCGACGCCGCUGCACUGUACGACACGAUCGUGAAAUGCCUGUGGUCAAAGGACAUGUCGAUGGACAAGCUUGUCGCGGUUUCAACGGAUGGUGCAUCCGUCAUGACUGGCAAGAAGAACGGAGUGGUCGCCCUGCUUCGGAAACGUUGUCCGUGGCUGGUGGCGGUUCACUGCGUGGCGCAUCGCGAGGCAUUGGCUGCAAAGGAUGCCGCGAAGAGCUUCAAGGAGUUCAACGUCAUCGAUCAGAUGAUACGCCAGACUGCCGAGCUGCUGGUUCUGAUGGUGUCCCGCUCCGUUUGCUUUCAGGUCGACAUCACAGAGGUGAAGAACCACGUCGACAAAGUGAAGACCAAGCUGUCGCAGUACUACGUGGAGCCCAGCGCAUCCAACGGGCCGAACACCUCUCGCCUGAACAAGUUCCUUGCUGCACACGGCAGCAAGGAAAAGCGCAAGCUAGAGCUCAAGGGAGUGGACGAGAACGGCAAAGCUGCAAAAGAGGAGAUCGAGCUCCACGAGGACAUCAUCGACCCUGAAAACCCUGGGGGGGGAUGCGACUUGGAGGCUUGCGCGGACCUGGCGCGGCGUUUCGCACAGCGCCUGAUUAAGGCGCUGGGGAAGAGGAUGGCGGACCUGCGCCAUUUCGAUGGUGUGGGGUUUUUCACCCCAGAUAAGUAUCCCUUCCGUGCAGGAGAGCAGGACACAUGGUUGAAGCUCCAUCUCAUCGAGCUUCUGGACAUGUUCAAGAACCAGCUGCCUGGUAAGCCUAGAUUAGUGUGA